CGUAAGUACAUCAAGGUCAACAUCAAGUACCAAAACGCAGAGGAGUGUUUUUACGUACCUGAUCGAUCCUUCAAUGUUGUUGAUCAACUAGCGCCAGAAUCAUGGUCGUCGGUGAAGACGUACUAGAUUUCUUUGGAGAUAACAUUUCGCACAGCAGCACGUCCCAACCCGAAAACUCCACCCGUGUUGGUGGUUUGCCGCACCAGUCACCGGCCACCGGUACUGCUCCUACUACCACCUCUACGACCAACAUGGCAAUCGACGACUGGCUAGCAAGUUCUCCUCCGCGGAGCCAUAAAAUGCCUGCGACGACCGGAAAUAACUACACAAAGCCGGUAGCAGCUGCGUCUAGCAAUUUUGAUGACGAUUGGUUGUUCGGAUCGCUGAGUUCUUCUAGCACGGAGAAGAAGAAAAAUGAGGGGAUCAGUUCCACAGCAUCCAUGUCGACGUCCACAGGGAACAGCAGCAGCACGGGAAGAACUUCUACGCCUACCAGUGGCGCAAGUUCUUCUAUGCACCACCAGCUUCGUCCGGGCGGGGGCGGCAAUGGCAACCUCAACCACAAUCCGAGUAGUUCCUCUGCCAGUAGUUCGUCUAACUCCAGUGCUGGCCUGAGCGAUGACUACCUCUACGUCGACUCCGAGACGCAGAGUGUGCAGCUGACAGGAGGGUCGACGUCAGGGACAAGUAGAACUACAGCUCGGACGUCGGCUCCUUCUGCGCAACAGAUGGUUUCUACGCCGACCACUACUUCUGGUCGCCAACAGGAACUACAGCACGUGCACCCUCCGUCUCAAUCCUCCCGAGCAGCACAACAGCUACAUGAGGACUCAUCUUCAAAAGUCGAUCCUUUUUACAACAAUCUUUCCACAACUACAUCAAGUCGGGUGAGUUCGAAGGAAGGAAACAGCACGAAUCAAAGCUUUUCCGUGGAGGACGACGUAUGCACUGCAAAAGUACCGUACUCGUAGUACUAAUUGCUAUCAUGCAUGACAAACAUCCCUUUUUAGGUAAAUCAGCAUCACAAAUUCCAUUUUUCUUCUUGAAAAAAAUUGUGAUGCAAUUUAUACUAGUACGAUACUUUUGCAAUGCAUACGACGAUGUGGGGUACGAUGUGAACAUCAAGUUGGAGCAAGGUGACGACGAGCACCCAGGAACAAACGCUCAUGAGAAUAGUAGCAGCUCCGGCAGUAACAAUACUAAUUCCGGCACGAAGAUGAACAAUAAGCCCUCCGGCGCGCCGGAGUAUUUUUCCAUGGUUUCGAACGACUCACCGCCACGAAAUCAAGAUAUGGCGUUCUCAAACGUUACAUUCUCAACUGUUGCAUGGAUUUGUGAUGCAAAAACAGCAAUAGGGAAAGGGGCGAGCUUGCAAGUCUCGCAUCACAAAUUUGGCACAGAUUUAGACGCUGCCUAGCCCUUCGAGACUUUCUCAUGCGAAGCAGCUUGAUAGUCUGGAGGCUCAUGAUCAUUUUGCAUGACAAAUCAUGUAACAGUUGAGAAUGUAACAGUUGAGAGCCCCAUACAAGAGCAAGGAAAUUUUGGAGAUUCUCAAAUGAGUCCAGAAGUAAACUCAUCAUCGAUAGCGAACACAGGAGCUGACGAUGAUGGAGCUCCUACUUCUGCAGGUGGACCCGGUGCACCAGCUGCGUCCUCGAGUACCAGCAAGCCGUUUUGCUACCAGACCUUCGUCACUGAGGUGUUGAAGCACCCCAGUGCCACGCCCACGAUACACAACGCCAAGCUGUUUGUGGACCAGGUAAGUAUCUUCAUAUAUUAAUCGUUAGAGUGCAAACUAGCCUUUCUCGGCUGGAUCCCCUUGUACAGCACGACCACGGAACAUUCAGAAUGAAGAAAAUGAAUUUUCUUUGAGGAGAAAACUUGAUGCAAAAAUGAGGCAUGAUGUACAACUACCUCGCGUUUGCAAUCUAUCGCGCCCAAUAAUAAAUAAUGCAGGUGAACAACCUCGCACCGGAAAAGCGCGGUGCAGCCAUCGCAUCCUUCCGAGCUUACAUCCCAAAGCUGCAUGCAAAACUGAUGGAGGCUGAGAUCUAUGAGGAGUAUAAUUUUGAGGCAAUCAAUUUGUGGUGCUUCUUCUUUCUUGUAGAUUGUUGGAAUGAAUAUGAAACUGCGCAAAUCUUAUUUAAGCAUAUUUCUAUGAUCCACCAGACUCCUCGUGGUCCUCUUCUACAUCUAGCAAUUACAUCCGCACCAGGGCCGACGACCAGUCUAAGCAAUACGCGCUCGAAGGGCUGGAAAAGUUUGUCGCGACCAAAAUUUACAAUUCCGUUUUUCGCAUCCAUCCGGAGGACGAUGGUCGACGGGAUCGGAACGUCUCCACAAAACUCACCUCGCUCAAGUGGGUCAAGCUGCACCGCCAUCUCGGUACUACUUAUAUGAAUGCGGAAUGCCCAACAUGUAGUAACAAUAAUGUGGUCGAGCGCAAAAGCAGAUGAACAAAAACUUCUACAAGCAAGUCAGGGUGUGAGUGUCAGCAGGCACGCCAGCAUUAUUACGUAGCAGAAAAAAAAAAUGAAUGUUCUUCGUACGUGUUUCAAUUAAUUUUUCUAUCACACAGACGUGAGCGAAGCGGUUGCCGAGCACCCAAAACUGGAAGUGGCCAAGGAUUUUUUUACGCGGCUGAACGAGUACAAAGCCCCCCGGGACAAGCUGAUCUGCCUCCAGAACGUGUGCAAAGUUCUCCUGACCUGCCUCGAACAGUGCAGUAACGGCUCCUCGGCCGGGGCGGACGAUCUCCUGCCAGUGCUGCUUUUCGUGCUGAUCCAGGUCAACCCGCCGAACUUGCACAGCAAUUUGGAGUUUAUCUCCAAUUUUCACCAGCAGCUGGUCGAGGAGGGCUUGUACUACCUGACUACAGUGAAGUCCGCGUUGGAAUUCCUUCGUUCUAUGGACCACACGGCCCUAUCUAACGUGGACAAGGGCGAGUUUGAGUUUAACUGCGAAGACAUUCUGCGCCCCUUGGGGCUCGCGUUGGAACCCGAGCCGGGGGAACCGGGGUUUCUUGACGGCGGGAAUAAUGGUGGACCGGGAGGCGGAGCGUCGUCGUCGUCUACCCAUGGGAGCAAGGGCAGAAAGGCGGGUGGAAGAAAUAACGCGAACAGGGACAACACUAGUGGUGCAACGAGUUCUAGCAACCAAGAGCAGCAGGGGUCCACACCUUUGAGCUUUCUCGGCGCUGCGAAAAGCAUGUUCAAUCUCGGUGGAGGCGGAGGUGGAUCAUCUUCGGCUUCGAAUAGCAACAAGGACAGUAAGAAUACCGGUAACAUGGCGGAAAACAACACAGCCAACACGACCCCGUCCGGAACGGACCACGGCGAUAUUAGCACAGUCGACGGAACAUUAUCAACGAAUGGCAAAACACCAAGGAGCUCGGCGUCUUCUUCUCAGAAUAAUGCUGGUGCAUCGGAAAACUACAACAGAAGUUCGUCCGGUGGAGCAAAUUAUCAGGGCCGAUCGUUAUCGCACGAGGAAAUCAUGCAAAAGUGUCGGCAGGAGCUGGAGGCCACCCAUCUCGUGGUCCCCUUAGAUGACGACCGGCGCCUGAUGCUGCGGGAGUUUGAGCACCACUUCAACGCGCACAAAAUGGACUCACUGACCAUCCGUGAGGUGCCCCAGCUACUCUCGGAUUACAAGGCACUGUCCCGGUUUUUUCAGAUCCUCCAGAAAACCUACCACGAACAGCUGAAAAGGAAAAAGAAGUGAGAGAAAUGUACGGAGGACGUCAGCCCACGGCGAGGAAGGCAUUUUCUGAAUUCUGUCUUGGCUCUACAUCUCCUUCUCCCAGCAUAGCAUGCGGCCGGACAGACUGUAUGCUCGACAAAUUUUGCAAAUGUUACACGACCUGACUUCGAGGUCAUCGUCAUCAUUCGUCAUGGUAGAAGUACAGGCCAGUGGAAACCUAGCAGGGGAAGGCGAGCCACCAUGGAAGAUAGGGCGAUAAAGCAGCUGAUCAUUUUCUGCUCGUCUUGCUUUUCCUUGCAUUUUCUUUUCGAAGAAAGAGAAACAGCAUGUGAAUGAUGUUGAAAGAGCAUAUUGUUUUUGAUUUUGCGUCAUCAUGGCCUUUCUUCGCAUGAAAUUAGUAGAUGAGAAGAACAGGUCCAGGUGCUGCGCAUCACCUCCAGUUGUGGAGGCUUGAGCAGGGAGAAGUCCAAACUUCUUGUCUUCAGACCUUUCGCUGCAUAAUUCAAUAAGGUUGAAGCGAU